AAUACACAGCAUCUUCCACCCUAAAUACUCGACAGUGGAUCUUGGUGGGCUCUCCAUUUCAUUGCAAAGCCUAAGCUUGUUGGUGUCUAGGCAGAGACUCGUCCUUCAAGAUCCUUGUCUUGUCACUUUAAUUAUUAACUAUACCUUUUGCUAUGAUUUCCACGCCUUGGUCAAGUAAUUUGUUUCCUCCACUCUCUUGCUCAGCUUCAGUCUCCUUAAUGAAUUUCAUUUCUUUUUCUUUUUCUCCAUAAUUUGAUAUAAUUCUCUAAUUACCUAUUCUGCCGUAUCUAUUUGCUGCCAUUUCUAAAGAUGGACUGGAGAAAAUGCAUACCAGAAUAGUCAGCUUCCUUAUAUUUCCUUUUUCAUCUUGUUGAAUUUUGGGAACUACUUCUUGUGUUCAUCCGCGGUUGUGGCUUGUUGAUCUGCUAGUUCUGAGGGCUGCAUGCGAAUAGAAAUGGGGGAAGAGCCAAGGAAGGAUUGCAGAAGCUGGGAAGAGGACAUAUAUUGGUCCCACUUCCAGUACAUUCACUUCUCUCAGUUUCUGCAUGCUGGGUUUGAACAACGGUUGGCUAUACCCGAAAAAUUUGCUAGAAAUUUGAAAAGCAAGUUGCCUGAUACUGUGAAUCUUAAAAGCCCUUGUGGCGCUCUAUGGGAAGUAAGCCUAACAGCAAAUGAAAACACCUUGUUUUUUGAUCAAGGUUGGCAAGAAUUUGUCAAAGACCAUUCCCUUCAAGAAAAUGAUAUCUUGGUAUUCAAGUACAAUGGGGAGUCUCGCUUUGAUGUUCUGGUGUUUAAUGGACAAAGCAUGUGUGAGAAUGCAGCUUCUUAUUUCCUGAGAAAACGGGAGCAUGAAGAACAUGAUAUUGGAUGCCAAACAAAAAGAAAAAAUAGUCAAAAUUCUGCUGAAGUUGUUAUAACUUCUCCUGGGGAUGGUAGUGGAAGUUCCCUGCCAAAGAAACCAAGGAAUAAGGAAAUAUAUACUCCUGUGAUUGUUAAUAAGAAAGCUCAAAGAGGAAUUAAGUUCAAUUCGCCUACUGUAAGAAUGAGGGGAACUGAUACUAGUACUGAAGAUGCAGAGGUCAAACCUGACAUUGACCGUAAGAAGAAAGUGUUGCAAGCAGCACAGGCAACAUUAACCCAUGAGGGAUUUAUUGCAGUCAUGAAGCCCACACAUGUAUCCAGAAAAUUUUUUAUGAAUGUACCUUAUGCAUGGAUCACUAAACAUAUCGCUUGUCGAGAAAAACAACUUGUGACUCUUCGAAUUAAAGAGAAAACAUGGACUAUGAGAUUAUUAUGUUACCGGAAAGAUCGAAAUCGACAGAGAGGAGGACUUGCAGGAGGGUGGAAGAAUUUUGUUGUGGAUAACAAACUACAUGAAUCUGAUGUGUGUGUGUUUGAACCAGGCAGCUUGACCGACAAAGAGAUUAUCCUUGAUGUUAACAUCUUUCGAGUUGUGCCUCUGUAAGGUGUUGUAGAAAAUCAUGCUGGUUAAAAUGUUAGUUGUUGUAUAAUCUUACUGUUAAAAUGUUCUGAUGUAAAUAAACUGUGCACAAGAACAUUGUAUUUUGGUGUUUUAUAAUGCACAUUUUAGAUGUAUCGCGAGGCAAUAUAUUUAUCACAUAAUCAUGUAUUAGCUCUUUUAAUUGGCA